CCAUCUUCCCCAUGGGCAGCUUCAGGCUUUAUUUAUAGUCACAGGCUUCCCUCUAGACAGACAACUGCCAUGUUGUUAUACCCUUGGGAUGUGAAAGGGGGGGCUGCCCUUCGUUAAGAUGGCUUCUAUGUUGAUCUACCAUUGGGAUGUGAAAGGGAGGCUGCCCUUAGUAAAGAUGGCUGCCGUUUCCAACAGCUGAACAUAAGGGAAGGAAUUUCCAAAGGUGCUUGAGCAUCUGAGGUUCUAACUGCCAUGAAAGCCAUGAGGCGUGCCCGACUCCUGUUGGGGCCUUUUCAACGCCUAAUCUUACAUGAAUUUUGCUAUUUUGGAAACAGCCCCAUUUUUAAGGGCUCUGUUUGGGACCCUCUUGUUCAAAUGGUUUCAAAUUUCCCUCAAACACUCUACCUACGCCACUGACCCAGACAUCCACUUUUCAGGUUAGAAAGAGAGAAGCCAGAUCAGAGAGCCACGGCAUUUCUCUCACUGAGACACUAAGGAGCAGAGCCCGAGAGACGGUGCCCGGAUCCCCGAGAGACAGAUGCUGCUGUGGCAUUGCCAGACUGUGGGGUUAUCAUGGCUUGUGCCCAGGAUCCUGCCGGUGGGCCUUUGGCUUUUCUGUUCACUUGCUGCAAGCCAGGAAAUUUGUAGCUCUCCAGGCACUCUCCCCGCCCCGCGGCUGUUCCUGGACAGGCUGUCUGCCCGCCAAGGGGACACAGCCAUGCUGUCAUGUUUAGUCCCUUUGGACAUCCCCAUGACCCGCAUUGUCUUCUGCAAAGAUGGGAAGGAGAUUUCUGUCCAGCCCAAGGAAGGAAACAAACUCGUCUACGACUCACCUUACCAAGUGUCCAGGGAGAGCUCAGGGGCCUUUUCCUGCCGCUACCAGCUCAAGGAUGACAAUAACCAGGAGAACAAUUCUCACUCCAGUGACUCCUGGCACCUGCACGUGGCCGGUGAUGAGUCCAACCCCACUCCACGCUCCGCCCCUGGUGGGGAACAUUCUCACAGCCAUGAGCCAGAUGGAUCCAGCUGUUCUGGGAAUGGCGGCUCUACAGGGCAGGCUUGGCCCCAAGGUAUUCUAGCGCUAGGACUCAUUGUGGGACUUGCAGUCACGGCCGGCCUGGCUCUGGCGCUGCUUGGAUGCUUUCUGAUGAAGACAGCUGUGUCACGCCGCAGGACUCACAGGGAUCCCAUCCCAGACCGGAGCAGCCUGGCCGCUGAAGAUCAGAUCCAAUGUGCCGAGGUCACCAGAGCCGGCCCUGACCAGGAUUCUCAGUGCCCCACAAGCCUGUGUGAGCCCCACAUUCCCUGCCUGCCUGAGCAGAGCCCCGGGGAAGGAGACAGCAAUGGAGCCUGUUAACCAGCCAGCGAGAAGCAGCGUUUGGGUCAAUCAAUGAAACAAGAGAAGUUCACAUAUUUCUCGGGCAGUGGGAGCUGGGUGUGGCCAAGGCCAGGUUUCGCGUCACAGCCGGUUGUCCUAUUUAUGGCAGAACCUUCAUGGCCAAUAUUUCCACCCCUGAGGCCUGCACAUAAAAUCCACAUUCAGAGGGAAAAGCAGCUACAAGCCAUUUGCCUGGUCGUGGGACAUGCAAAUUCAGGGUUCCAAACUGGUUCAAAAUUUGGAUCAGAAAGGCCCCUGCAUUUACUGAGUUUCCAGGAAGCAGACGCUGAGCCAAAUUUACCUGGUGUUGGCCUCAUGGUGGGGAUGGGUAGAGGGGCAGCGAGGAGCACCGUUUCAAAUUUUGGUGGGGGGGCAACUUUAACUGUGAUUUCAGGGGCUACUUAGGCACUUGAAAACUUGAAUUUGUUGGCAGAUAACUUAGCAAUUAGCCGACAG